UUGUGGACAUGAUUCACUCUUCCAGCUGUUGUCAGCCCUGAUUCAUAAGAUCAUGGUUGACCGACUUGUGAACAGCGAAGCCAAUGCAAGGCGCAUCGCAAUGGUGGAGAACUGCUUCGGCAGUUCUGGACAGUCCCUGGCAGUACCUGGGAGAGUCCUGGUUGGAGAGGGUGUUUUAACAAAAAUGUGUAGGAAGAAACCAAAGCCACGGCAAUUUUUUCUUUUCAAUGACAUUUUGGUGUAUGGAAACAUAGUAAUUAAUAAAAAAAAGUAUAACAAGCAACACAUCAUCCCAUUAGAAGAAGUAAAACUUGAAUCUUUAGCUGAUGAUGGGCCAUAUCGCAAUGGAUGGCUCAUUAAAACGGUAACAAAGUCGUUUGCUGUUUAUGCUGCCACUGCUACAGAGAAGCAAGAAUGGAUGGCUCACAUAACAAAAUGCAUCGAAGAUUUACUUAGGAAAAGUGGUAAAAAGCCUGUUGAGGUUCAUGCAGCAGUUUGGGUACCUGAUAACGAAGCUACAAUUUGCAUGCACUGUAACAAGACUCAAUUCACAGUUUUAAAUCGACGGCACCAUUGUAGACAAUGUGGAGCUGUUGUUUGUGGCCCAUGCAGCAACAAAAAAUUAGUAUUGCCAGGCCAAGGUGGUGGGAAAGCUGUAAGAGUGUGUUUACAGUGUUAUGAUGCUGCUAGCAAAGUAAAAGCAACACCACCGACUACUCUUGAUAAUCUGAACAAUAAAGAGCAACAGCGUAAUUCUGCCGACAGUUCAGGUGGUGAUAGUUCUGGGGACGAUGAUGAUGGUAAUAAAGAAGAAAACCAUGAUGAGCCUAAGUUCUAUUCCACCCUUGGUCGAUGAACAGUAACAAAACAUUAUAUUGCAAUAACGAAGGUAUAAAUAUUGUGCAAACGAAUAUUUUUAAAAAGCUAAUAUGAUUGAAGAAUUAGCAGUAAGUUGAUUGCGGUUGAAGAAUGAAAUUUUAUACCGUAAGUAGGCAAGUGAGCCAUACAGGUUGCAUUUGCAACAAUGUAUUAAAUUCUAAAGACAUGAAAUAAUAUCUCAGGCAUUUGGAAUUAAAAUAAAUAGAACGUUCGAUAUAUUGGAUCCAUA